AAAAGAAAACUUUCUUAACAGUCUGUAGAGUAGUAAAGAAGGAUACACAAAUCUGUAUAGAGAAUACAACUUUUGAUGUUAGAUUAGGUAGAUUUAGUGAAACUUUUGAUGUUAGACUAGGUAGAUUUAGUGAAACUUUAGCUCCACAAAGACUGAUUGUUAGUCCAUGUCAAAGGACAAAUGACUUGCUUUUUUCUACUUCAAAGAAAUUGAAGUAUUGAAUGAAUGAUGGUUCUAUUCAGUUAGUAUUGAAUUUUUUUCUCCUUGUGAUUCUCUAAUUCCUCUCAUUGAAUAUCUGCGCCAAAGUCUCAUGUGUUGCUAGUCAUUAUGAGUCAGAAUCAAGUUUAAAGUGGCCCAAACUGGUCACAUUUUUGGGUUAGACAAAGGAUGAGUAGAAUUGAAAUUUUAUCUGGAAUUAUGCUGAUGUAAGCCACUAUGAUUACUCUAGCUCAAAUGUACUAAAGCUGAAGCUUUUGGGAAGUAAGAAGUCCAACUGAGUGUCAUAUAGAGAAACUAAAUGAUGUGAUAACAUUUAUGGUACAUAGAUCCUUCAUCCGUAUUGAUGUACCUAUGAACAGGCGUCACAUAGGAUAGCUAUUGGUACUUAAAUGAAGAUUGUUCAAAAUACUCUUGAUAUUAACAAAGAACUGCAUGUUUCCAUACUGGUUUAAUUGCACACACUUGUAUUGGAACGCUCCUGCGAACAAGUCUUUGUAACUUAAUUUAAAAGCUACAGGUUCAGCCUCUAAUUAAAAAUCUGCACGAAUGCAUUUCUGAUGGUCUUCAUCUGGAGUACUUCCUUAAUGUGAAAGCUUUUGUGUCCUAUGACCUAACUGAAGAAUCACAUCUAGCUUGAACAUAGGUCUUCAUUGUUCUUAUUUGACCGAAAUGUCAGAAUAUAAGAUAAUAAUAUUAUUUUCAUAUGCAGGACACAUGGUUCCUUUGGUACAUGUUAUUAUGUUUAGAGUUUAUCAAAUUCUCAUAUCUACAUAGCUACUUACAGAAUCAUUUUUCACUUAAGGAGCUCCUGGCUGGCUGCAACACAAGUUAACAGUAUCCACAAGCCAAGCUGUCAUCAUUGACUUGUCUGGUAUUUCUGAAACCUCCACUAAUUUUUUUUUACCCAAGUUGUAAGAUUAGACAAAUAUUUUGGAUUAAAUUCAGGAUCAGGUUAAGAAGCAUCUGGACAUCCCACUUCCAUUGUUCUGUUGGUAUGUAGUGGUGGAUAAUCCAUAUAUUUUUUAGAAUAAAUAAUUCUUGGAACGCAACGUUAAAGGUAGGGCCUGUUGUCUUGAGUUGAUGUGACCUAAGUCACCAAUACAUUGGCAAUGAGUUGAAAGCAAAACCAUGUUACUUCAGGUGCUAUUGUCUUCCAUGGUACCCACAGAAUAGUGAUUAACAGGACUCUCUUAGUUGCCAUUGUCCUAUAUAAACAUUUUCGAGAAGGUGUCUACCACUACAACACUCAGCAAAACUUGAAAGUAUUCAAAGCUUUCUCUGCUUUUGAGGUCUUCAGUAUUUUUUUCUUUCUUUUCUCAUCUAUACUAAAACUAAAUAUAAUGGCUAUUCGUAUGCCUCGUAUAAUCAAGAAAUCUGGAGAUGUUCCCAAGGGAUAUCUUGCUGUGUAUGUUGGGGAGGAGCACAAGAAGAGAUUUGUAAUCCCCAUAUCAUUCUUGAGCCAACCUUUAUUUCAAGACUUACUCAGUCAAGCUGAGGAAGAAUUUGGUUUUGAUCAUCCAAUGGGAGGUCUCACCAUACCCUGCAGAGAGGACAUCUUCAUUGACCUUACUUCUCGUUUGAGAAACUGAUGAAACUUUCUUUCACAUUUUUGUAGAGCAGCAAAGCAGGAUUUGCAGUCUGUACACUUAGGAUUUAGAGAAAAUAGUAGUUGAUGUAAGAAUGAGAGUUGUUACUAAAGUCUGACUAGGUAGAUUAGUGAACUUAUCUCUGUAAAGGCUGAUUGUCAUUCAUGUCAUGUCAAAGAGAUGAAUAACACUUCAUUUUUUUCUACUUCAAAGAUAUCGAAGUAUUGAA